UUCUGGUUGACACUCCUGUCUUCACUACUUCUUUCAGAAACAGACUCACUUCACAACUCAACACAAUGCCUUACUGUGGACCCUCCUGUGCUGUGCCAUCUUGUGCCUCCGCCCCAGUUGUUGGCUUCGGAUCAGCUGGUACCAGAGGCCUUGGCUGUGGAGGGCUCGGUUAUGGAGGUUUCGGCUAUGCAGGUCUUGGCUCUGCCGGUCUUGGCUAUGGAAGUCUUGGUUUAGGUUAUGGCUAUGGAGCUGGUGAAACCUCAGGAAGCCUGGGCACUCUCUCCGGAAUCAUCCCCAGACCCAUCAACCAGAUCCCAGCAUCUGAGGUGACCAUCCGGCCACCUGCAGUUGUGGUCACCCUCCCUGGUCCCAUCCUCUCCGCCAGCUGUGAGCCCGUCGCCGUCGGAGGCCAAACCCCAUGUGCCCCCGGAGGUCUCGGACGCUUGGGUGAUGGCUACCUCGGAGGCCGCCUGGGACGUUUCAGUCGCCGUGGCAGCAUCUGCAAUCCUUGCAACCUCCCCUGUUAAGGAAACCAGGACUCUCCAUGAUCAAACCAGAUUUCAGAAGAUUGGCUAAGGCGUGUCGGGCCCUAUUUUGGCCUGUCUGCAGUUUUCACAAUUCUCCUCUGCCUGCUCUACCUUGAUCCCAUUGCUUGUGUUUAUUUUUCCAGUAUUCCCACAACCACUUACGGCAAAGAACACUACAUCCUCCUGUGAAAUAUCUUCCCUGCUCAGUUGGUCAGUCAAGGGUUUUAAGUGAAGGUAUCAAGGGAAGAAGCUCUGCAAACAUCUUGUUUACAGAGGUCCUUCUUUGAGUUAUGGUUAUGGAUCUGGUGCUUUGGCUGUAAGCUCAGAUGGUGUCACCGCUUCCAUCAUCAAUCAGACACCAUCACCUGAGAUCAUCAUCUAGCCACCUGCUUCCAUUGUGACCAUCCUUGGACCUAUUCUCUUCAUCGGCUGUAAGCCCAUUUGUGUUAGAGGCAACACACACCAUGUGUGAUCCUUGGUUCUUUAGGGAAGUGAAGUCUGGUCUUAUGGCUUCGGGAGCACAUGGACAUAUGGACAAAAAGGAGCUGUCUUCCAGGAUAUUGAGGGAAUGUCUGCUAGUCAUUGCAUUGCUCUGAAAAAAAGAUAGGAAUGAUCUAUCAUGGACUAAGAAGAUGAAGAUCCAUUUGUGGGCUUAGAAUCUGAAAAGGUUGAGCUUCUAGAAUUUCCUUUGAAGCUCAUCUUCUUCCACUGGACUGGCGUUUCUCCUUUCUUGUCUCAAACUUUUAUGGCCACGAGAAAAAUAGAGCUGUACUUGUUUCAUUUCUCUAUCAUUUGCUUUGUACGUCACUUGUGCCUUUGAUAAUUCACCAUUCAUGCUUUUGUUCCUACUUCUUCAAUAAAACUCAUGCUGCAUUCUCA